UUCACGAAGCAGGCGACUGGCCCUUUAAGGGUUAUGUAGCAGGACUAGCCGAUGUAGGACGAGCCGACCGUGCGUCUGCCUGCCUGAGCUCCCGCUGCCAUCCCCAUCAUGGCCUCCACACAGCCGCCACCGACACCGCCGAGGAUGAACCGACCAGCCAGCGGCCCUUCCCUUCCCGCAGCGGAGACGGACGUCAAGCCGAAGCAGAGGCACCGGUAGAGGCGAGCCGCGCCGGGGAGAGCCGCCUCACAUCCCAUGCCACCCCGGUCUCCUCCAUGCCUUCGUCUAAAGCCAAGUACAGCUAUUCGAUAAAGAGGGGUGCGAACCCGGGCGGCGGCGGCGGCGACAGCGGCGGCGGCAGAAACAUGACAACGAACAGGGAUUAUUCUGUUAAUCUGUCGGUGCAGCAAGUGCUGAGCCUUUGGGUGCAAGGCACGACGCUGCAGCACUUCACAGAGAUGUGGUACUGGGUGUUCCUGUGGUGUCUCUUCUCCUCGCUCUUCGUCCACGGGGCGGUGGGGCUGCUCAUGUUGGUCAUGCUGCAGCGCCACAAGAGGGGCCGCCUCAUCACCCUGGUGCUGGUCAGCGUGGGUUUCCUGGCCUCCCUCUCCGGAGGCGUCAUCACCAGCGCGGCGGUGGCGGGGGUGUACCGCGUGGCGGGCAAGGACAUGGCACCGCUGGAGGCCCUGGUGUUCGGUGUGGGCCAGACCACCCUCUCUGUCGUCAUUUCCUUCUCACGCGUCCUGGCCACUCUGUGAGGCGAAACCCUGGACGAGCUGAUGGACGGAGACGAGAGCGAAUGGGUCGAGCCAGAGACUUUUGGGUGCUCGUCGUGGCUGCGUUUGUGGAAGGAGAGGAAAUCGCUCUGGACCUUUUAGGCUGGAUGCGAGAGAGAGCGCCCCCCCGGUGUCUCUGCUCUGUUACUGCCACAAUCACACUGCAAGUCAGAGGGAACUCAAUGCAGACCGGCUGUCUUCGUGUCAGAGAGCAGCACCAGGCGGAGACGGCGCCGUCCUCAGCUUCUGGACUUGAAAGCCAUGUUUCGGGUGUUACAUCACUGCUCCGUGCCAACAGCCUUCUCUGGGACAUCCAGAUGCCUUUGUGGCCACUGACUCUUGAAGGCUUUCUGUUGCACUUACUGGGAAAAAAACCUCUAUUUUAUAAACAGCAGAGUGACGACCUGUUACGGUGAUCUGACGAUCAGAACAAAAGUUGAGCAGCGAGGGGCGUUUUAGGGGGUUACGACCCAACAGCGUUCAUCAGCAAACACACCGUUUUCUUCAGCGUUAAAUAUCAGCCUCACCUCUUCAGUACAGAUUAUCACCAUCAUUCCCUCUCCUUAAAUUGUUUAAAAGCUGCGCCAUCCAACUCACGAGCAACAUGCAGCUUUGAAUUUUGCACUUUGUAAAUGUCGGAGACGCUCUUUGCCUAAGAGGUGUGAAAUCAGUCGAGGUAGAGGAGAAAACCAGCAUCGGCGCUACGUUUGGUUUGUCUUGUCGAAGUAUCGAUUCAUUGAGUGCCAACGAGAACUCCGGUUGGAGUUAAAUAAAUAUUUUGACAUGUUGGGAAAUGUGCUCACUCACUUUCUUGCCAAGAGUUAAACAAGAAGAUGCCACAGCCAGGAGACAGUUAGCUUAGCUUAGCAUCAAGACCAUAAGGGGGUGAACAGCUAGCCUGGCUCUUUAAAGCUCGCCAUUUUUACACUUCACGUUAAUCAGUGAGCUUUACAGGUGCCCACAUUUCCAGGCUUUGUGCUAAGCUAAGCUAACUGUCUCUUGGUUCCAUCUCCAUGUUUACCGUACAGACAUGAGAGUGCUCCUCCUGACAAAUACUCCUUCAAAGCAGAAGUCCUGGACGAGCCCCCAGAGGUGGUUCAGCUUUGAUUCAGGUCUGCUUAGAUCAGGAUCCUCUUAUUCAGGUUGAUGAAAAGGGUUGUUUUGCUGCUCGAGAGUCAGCUCUGACAUGUUUUCAGACAAACUAUUCUGUGUCUGUGAGUCCUGGUGCAGAUUUCCUGUCAUAAUGUUGGUAUCCAGCCUUUCUUGGCCCGCCGUAGUGUUACUAGCAUCGUCUGCACUGCUACAGCAUAAAUCCCCCCGUGGAGCGGCGUCUCUCCCCGGAGAAGGUCAGACAGAUUCUGCUGCUCAGACGGCCAUUUUGCUAUGGCUCCCUCUUCUCUUUGUUUUCUUUAUUAACCCAUGUUCCUUAAGUUUAACUUUGCAUAUUGCACUGAGAUGAAUCUGCCUUGUUUUAGCACAGCGUGUGAUGAAACCGCUCUGGUGUGACCCAAUCCAGUGAAGCCAACUGUAAAUGAUCAUCACUCAUGAAGAAAUGUGCUUGAAGCUACUGUAUUUACUCAAGCUGGUUUAUCGUGUUGAUGCAUUAGUUUGAGGUCUUCGCUGAUAGUAUUAAAGAAUAGAAAGAUACACUGAUUUUAUUUCAGUUUAAUGCUCUCUACUUGGCCCGUAAGUCCUCCCAAUAUUCAAACAGAUUGUCUUGUGUGCAGGGGCGUGAGGAGUUAGGUUGUAAUGCCAAAGUUUCACUCACAUUCUAGCUUUAUUUACCAUGUUUGUCUCAUUUUAUUAAUAUCACAGCCGCGAUUUACUAGUUUUGUUCAGUUUUAGAAACAUUUGCACAUUGGCUCGGCUAGGAAAGGACCCCCAGACUUGUGGUACAACUUCAUAAAACCACAGCUGAUAUUAAUUUGAGAAAAAUAAUCGAUGUUCGUGUCGUUAAGUGUGUGUGCUUGUGUGGUUUUGUAGCUAAAGGUAAACGCUGUGUAUUUAUAGGAGUUAUGUAAUUGACACAACUCACCUUCAGUACCAGCUUAGCACACAUGAGGGCGAUGUUGCUCAGAAAUGAAGUGGCAGCAGGAGCCUGAAUACCUGAAAGAUGAUUGUGGAUUUUAAAAUAAUGAAAGUGCUGCAGAGUGUUUUGAUACAGACGUAUGACAACAAGUGUUUUCUAGGCCACUUUUACCCCAAAAUUAAAGUAAAAUUAGAGAGAAAUCAUCUGAUUCCCCCUUUUUAUCCACUCUGCACAUUGUCCAUAAUACCCGUUUGAAUGUUUUAGCUCAGUUUCAGGGACCAAAUGUGAGUUGCUGCUGAUGACUCACCUGCUGUCUGAGCAAUGAUAUUUCUGUGAAGCUGUUUGUGUGGCAGUUUCUGCAUGUUUGUGUGUAUGUUUGGUUCAUAGGACAUGUGAGUGUUGUUGCUGUACUUGGUGUCGAUCUGUGCGGUUGUGCAUGUGAGUAGUAUAGCGGGAUGCUAAUUUAUUUUCUUUCAUUAGAGGGGGUUGCUCACAUUCUUUAGCGGACCCCUAAAGCGUCAGAAAGGGUGAGGACCUAAUUGUAAGUGACACUGUGUUCAGAGGAGCAGUUCACUGAGCAAUGUCUUACAUAAUGUGUCGGAGAACUUUUUAUUUGAUGUGUGAGGAAUGACUUCUCUGCCGAUGAACCUGCAGACUGGACUGAAGUUGUUAGAUCAGUGCACUUACUGUACAUCCUGAGCUGUAUAUAGCCAUCCUGUACAGGUGUAACCAACAGCUGAUAUGAACAAACUAACCACUGGAUAGUAUUUUGAUAUUCACGCAGGAUUCACACCCAGUGCCAUGGCCGCUUAUGAUUAACGUUGUUUUUUUUCUGCUCCAGGUCUAAGUGGCUGUGUGACCGUGUGUGUGUGUGUGUGUGUGUGUGUGUACUGCAAUAUCUAAGGAGCAGCAACUAAUAAUCCCCUCUAGACUUUAAAUAUGCCUCACACUGCAGCGAGAGGCCCAGCUCAAUAAUCUUGUCUCUUUCGUAGGCUUAUAACUAAAGCUGCCCCCUCAGUCUACUGUCGUCCAAAUGCCACAUAUUCCCCCCGGACACAUACUGUGUACCCGCUGCGAUUGCAUGUGCAGUGCAGCUCAGAUAAUGUGUGAAUGGACUAUAAGGACAAUCCAACAAGAGACAAUGUUGUACAAAACCCAAAGUGGCACUUGUAGAUAAUGUACAAUAUGUUCUUUUUUAAUUUUGUACCAGCCAAACGGCUGAUAUUUAUAGCUAUUGCCUAUUUAUGUACAAAUUGUUCUCCUGUACAGACUCAACAGUCAGUUGAAAUAAAAAAUCUU